AUGGUGAGUGACGACGAGAUCAGCAUUUCCAGCAAAGUAUCACACAAUGAAUUCUCCUGUGGGGAAUGCAGCAAAACGUUUGAGAAACUGGCACAGCUUAAUCGCCAUCACCGGGAAUGUCAUGUGAAAAGGUUCAGAUGCACCAAAUGCGAUUACAGAUGUGGAAGGAAGGGCGACUUGGAAAAACAUGAAGCGACCCAUGCAGAGCCAGUCCCAACCAGAAAGUAUGGAAAAACUCCAGUUCACACUCCGGAAUCUAGGUCCCGUUUAGACAGGUCACCAUUCCGACACCGGAGCCCGAGAUCUCCUAGGGAUAGCGGAAGAUAUUCCCACUCAGCACCUAGGUCAUCAAGAAGUCCGGAAAGGUCUGUAAGAAGUGUCAUUCGACGAAGAAGCAGAAGCCGCUCUCGGUCACCCGCAUCUAAUACACCUCAAUCUUCUCAUCGGAACGACCCAGGGAAAUCUCACCAAAGAUUUAGAUCUGCAGAGAAGACUCCUUCAAGGUGCUGCGACGCCAGUUGCCAGACAGAGGAAGACGGAGAACUCCGGAAGCGCGUCAGGAAUCUGACAGCUAAGCUGAGGGAAGCUGGACAUGAUGGGGGAUCGGUUUUGGAGUAUACCACAUCAUCCAUCAAAAGGCCCAGAGAUGUGAUCCUUACACGUAAAACUGAAAGAUAUAUCACCAAACACGGAGAGCUCGUUGAAAUUUUCACAGAAGAAAUCAAAAGAGUGCCGGAUGAACCAUAA